ACAACCGGAUUUUGUGUAUGACGAAGUCGCUCAGUACUUUUUGUGUGACGAGAGGAUGGCGGCAGUGGCUACUACAAGAGCAAGACUGCAACCGACGGCAAUCAGAACCUACGAAAUAGCCGCUCCAGCUAUGCAGGCGACGUGCCAGCAGUCCCCACCGCGUGAACGGGGAAGAAAACGCCCUCUACCUCCUCCCUCGACAUCGCCCGACAAGCUGGAAAGUGCAGAACUCAGGCGCAGCAACGAAGAAUGACCCAGAAAGGUCUGAUGGAUGAGCUGGCAGGUCUACUGCCGUUCCCCAGAGAGGUGACAAGUCAGAUGGACACCAAGACUGUGCUUAGACUGGCCGUCUGCUAUCUGAG